AUGCAGAAUAUUCAACAACCGAUAUUAAAUAACUUGAACCCACAGUUGUUCACUUCGCAGAUUCCUGCUCCAAGUACUGGUAUCAAGAGAAGACAAAGUGUUUCCAAUGUGGCGUUGACAGAUAUGAUUAACUCGAGUAUUGCAAAGAAUGCUCAUUCCAAUAAAAGUGAUCCUAAUAAUAGGAAAAAACUAAGAUCGACUGUCUCAAGUGUCAAUCAAUUGUAUAAUCAGAAAAGGACGUCGUAUAUCCGCGACAAUGAACCAUCCGGUAUGCAAAGACAUUCAAUGCUGCCCUAUCCAACAAAUAAUAACAAUGAUAACAAUAAUAAUGAUCUUAAUACAAAUAAUGUUUCUACAAGAGAUCCGAGACCUUUGAGAGAUAAAAAUUUUCAAAAUGCAAUGCAGCAAGAUAUAAUUAAUUAUUUAACAAGCAAUAAGUUUGAAAUUGAAACAAAUUUACCAAUUACAAAUAAAACAUUAAAACAACCUACACAGAAAGGCUUUAUAAUAACUUUCCAAUGGUUAUAUCAAAGAUUGGAUCCAGGUUAUCAAUUUAAAUCGAAUAAUAGUAAUAAUGUCAAUAGUAAUACCAAUAAAUCCGUUGAGUUAGAAAUUUAUCAAAUAUUAAAAUUUCUUCAAUACCCCUAUUUAGACACGAUUAAUAAAUCACAAAUAUCUGCUGUAGGUGGUAAUAGUUGGCAUAAAUUUUUAGGUAUGUUACAUUGGAUGGUUAAAACAAAUAUCAGUCUAGAUAAAUCAUUGAAAAUUUUAGAUAAAUCAUUAAUAGAUGAAAAUACCCAAGAUUUGAAAAGUAUAAAUGAACAAAAUAAAUUACCUUUAACCCAAGAAGAACAAGAUUCGAAACAAGAUAAAUACGAAGUAUUGAUUGAACAAAUCUGUAUCAAUUAUAUUAUCGAGUGUUAUAAAAAAUAUUUGAAAAAUGAUGAUAAUUUUGAACCAAUUUUAAAAGAUUUAAAUGAGGAAUUUAAAAAAUUUAAUCAUAUAUUUGAUAUUGACUUAAAUAGUUUACGAUCAAAGACAGAAGCACUGAGUGUAGAAUGCGAUGGGUUAGUUAAGAUAUAUGAAAAUUUAAAACUAUCAAGAGAUAAAAAUAUUGCAUUAAAGAGUGAUUUAAGUAAAUUUCAAAAUUAUGUUGAUGGAAUGAAGAAUAAGAGUAAUGAAUGGUCUCAAAAAUUAGAAAAAAUGAAUAAUGAAAAAGCAUUAAGAGAAGAUGAUAUUAGAGAUAUUUCAGAAGAAAUUUCGAGUAUAAAGAAAUUUUUAAAAGAUAAAAACAUUUCAAUUGAUGUAAUUUCAAAUAAAAAUUUAGAAUUUGAAAAAUUGAGCAAGGAUUUAGAUCAGAAAAAAGAUGAAGUAAAUAAAUUUGUCAGUUCUACUCAAUCAUUAAAGAUUGAAUUUGAAUCUAUUAUGAAAGCAUUAAAUGAUACUUUAAGGCAAUAUGAUCUUUCGACAGAGACAUUAAUUAAUGAGAGAAUAAGUUUAGGUCAUAGUACUAUUAAAAAAUCAGAUUUCGAAUUGUUAAUCGAUGACUCAAUCAAACAGAAUUAUAAUUCAUAUUUAAAUAAUGGUAAAGCAAUUGAUUUCAACAAAAUGUUCAAAAAUGAUUUGAAUACAAUGAAGAUCAAGAAUAAUAUUAUAAAAUUAAACAAUGAAAUUCAAGAACGAAUUGAAGGAGUAGAAAAAAAUAAUUCUGUAUUAGAGCAAAAAUUAAUAUCAUUAAAACAAGAAGUAAUGGAUAAGAAUAAAAUGACAGAGAACGUUGAAUUGAAAUUAUCAGAGGCAAAUUCAACUUAUGAAUUAAAUAAACAAGAAAGUGAUAAUAAAUUAUUAAAACAAAAAAUCGAAAUUGAAAAACUAGAGAGAAAGAUAAAUGAUGCAAAUAAAAUCUUAAAAGAAAAAUUAUUAGAGACUCAACAACUAAUUAAUUCAACAAGAUUAAAAAAGGAAGAACUUCAAUUACAAUUAGAUAGAGAGAAAAAUAAUAUUAGUAAAAAAAUUCUUGAAAUCAUAGAUUUUUCAGGUAAUAUUAUGGAAAGAAUUCAAAAUAAGUUAGAAUCUUCUCAAUCGAUAAUAAAUAAAGAAUUAGAAAAUUAA